AUGGGCGAUAAUACAGCUCAACAAUCAUUCAUGAUCCCCUCGAACCCUGUCUAUGGAUUCGUCGGCAUUGGGGUGAUGGGAUACGGAAUGGCAAUGAAUCUCCGCGCCAAGAUUCCCCAGACAGCUGGGUUUGUGCUAUGUGAGAUCAACGAGGCAAGAAGGGAGCAAUUUCUCCAGGAAUGUAAUGCCUCUGUCCAAGUGGCGCGCUCGCCGCGCGAGGUCGCCGAGAAGGCUGACAUAAUCAUCACCAUGCUCCCACGGGCACCGCACGUCCACGAAGCCUUCACAAAUCCCGAAACAGGCUUUAUAUCUGGGCUAUCGUCCUCGUUGCCGCCACGCCUGUUCCUGGAAUGCUCCAGCAUCGACGUCGCGACAUCAACAUCCCUCGCCCAAAAGGUGGCCUCCACAGGAUUCGGCCUCUUCGUUGAUGCUCCUGUCUCAGGAGGUCCCCAAGGGUCUAACGCUGGCACUUUGACCUUUAUGGUUGGAACACCCAAAGAGCAGAUUUUUGACGUCGUUAAACCGAUUCUGCGAAUGAUGGGUAAGGAAGAGCAUAUUUAUCAGUGUGGGGGAUUAGGUGCCGGGCUGGCAACCAAGCAGUUGAAUAACUAUUUGGGUUAUGUCGGGUAUUUGGGGCUUUGCGAGGUGAUGAAUGCAGGUAUGCUCUACGGCCUUGACCCAAAGAUUCUGUCAAACGUUAUCAACGCUUCGUCGGGCAUGAACUGGAACUCCCUGCAUCACAACCCUGUCAAAGGAGUGAACCCCGCCGCAUCGUCCGCCCGAGAUUUUAAAGGGGGGUUCACGACCGAGCUGGCUGGUGGCGUUAUUGAUGAUGCAGUGGCACUCAUGAAUUCCGUUGGCGCAGGUACCGUCCUCGCCGACCCUGUGCAAAAGGUCUUCGUGGAGGCGAGGAAGAACGACAAGUGCAAGGGCAUGGAGGCUAGAAGCGUAUGGAAACUGUUUGCUGAGGACGGCGGGAGCGACGUGCGGAAACUACAAUAG